AAAAGAUGUAUCAUAGAUUUUAUUUAAAAAAAAAUUGAAAGAAAUUUAGGACAGCAAAUUUGCCAUAAGAGAUGGAUGUUUGGAGAAAUUCUGGAAGAUUACAAGUCAAAUCAUUUAGAGUGAAAUUAAGAAGGUUUGGAACAUGCUAAACUUAAAGGCCCCGAAAAGGGAAGACAACAAAACAAGCAAAAGACUCCAAGCGCACACAAUUCAAAGGGGAGAUAAUUACAGGAAGGAACACAUUGCAGCGUCCAUAAACACCAACAAUCUCAGAGAAGAUCUUUUGUUAUCUCUCUCUAGUGCCAUUGACUGUAUGCCAAGUACUGACCACCUCGAGCAGUCCCCACCCCCAGUUAAACCUUCAUUAUCAGAAUACCAUGACCUCCCCCCAAAUGCUCACAACAAUCACGAAGCAAGCUUGAAGAGUCCCACAACAUCUUUGGCUGCUGACAUCACCUCUUCGUUGUCUAGCGCGGCCUUGACAUUUGAAAUCAAUCAGACGUUGCCAAACAAUCUUUCAUUCACAUCGGCAGCUAGAUGGAAGAUAGAAGACAGAAAUAUAAAUUGUAACAGCCCCGACUUAAAGAAGUUGCCUACGUCCCUCAAAGUCAGCAGCAAAGAAGUCUUUGAAAGUAGUUCGGAAGAGAGAAUAAGUCCAAAACCAAAAAGAGACUUAUGGCAAAAGCAUUGCCCGAUUCUAAAAAACUUGACACAUGACAGACAAACGUUAGCGUCAACUUACUCCACCUAUAGUUGUUCUGACUUUUACACGGCUUUGUCCCUUGUUGACUUUAGGGAAAAUAUCUCCAUAAAGGAAACUAAAUUGCAUCCUGUAGAGAACAAUGGACAGACUAAUAACGCGAAAAGUACCAUAACCAAAACUUUGGGGGCCAAUAAUUAUGAAUCGACAAAGCAUAACACCAAGAAGAACAGGAAACCAUCGACUGACAAGCUCAUACGAAACAAGAAUUUCUCCUGUGCUGGAGAUUGCUGCCCCCAAAUUACAGGGUUUUCGGAAAACGUCUUUAAAAAACACACAACAGAAAAUAAACAUUGCAUUAGAAAAAGAAGCGUUAAAGCUUCUUCACAACAAAAGAAUUGCAAAAACGGGAAGCUGAGAACUGAAGAUGGUAAAAAGGAAAAGUCAAAAUUGAAUGAAACAAUCUUGCCUAUUUUAAAAUGUAAUGACAAUGAUUGCAGACAGCUGGAUGAUUUAAAUCCAGAAGGAAGAAAAAUCAUUUCUUUUGGUAACGAACUGAAAAUGUGCAAUGAGGUGACCGCUAAAAAUACGAACUCAAAGCAAAAUGAUUCUAAACAUUUCUUCCAUGCUUUCUGUAACAAAACAUACAAAAGGGCAGAACUAGAUCAUAGCAAACUGAAAACUUCCUCCGACAAACCCAUGCAUCACCAAUCUGCUUGCACUCCAAGUCGAAUGAAUAACAGUUCAAACAUCUUGGAAACAGAAGAAGACAAUUCAUAUGUAAAACGUAAUGUGAAAACUGUAAAUCAUAAAGAUAGCACAGGAAAUAGUAAAAGUAAGGAAUAUUUGAAAGCGGUUCUUAAAUUGUGUUCCAGAAGGAGGACCUCGAAUAAGAAAAAGCCUAACACAGAUAAGACUUUCUACGCAAGAAAUGACGGUCACUGUACUAGUAGCGACGUAAGAAAGCAACAGACUCAUCAAGUUUUAGGGUGUUCAGAAAAUCAGGACAUUAUUCAUCAAAGUGACUGUAUAUAUUUAGAAAACGAUAUUAUUUCUGAACAAGAUGAUUGUGCGUUAUUUUUGGAUGAUAAAACUAUUGCAACAAGAAUGUCUAAUAAAGUGCACGCUAGAAGAGAAGUGGAAAUAGACACACGAGAUACUGUCAGAGACGAAGUAGUAGCAGACUUUGACGACAACGACAUUAAGUGUGUGGACCAAACAAAGCACCGGGAGGGUAAAGUCGUCAAGAGUGGUGGACAAGAAUUUGACGGAGAUGAUCAAGAAGUGGACUUGUGUGGCCAAACAGCGGAAUUUGGUGGCCAGUUAGCUGGCAGUGUUAACCAAGAUGUGGACAUCCCAGGCAAGGGUCUGAACGUUUCUUUCAUAGAGGUGAGUGACAGUGAACAAGGAUUGGACUGUUAUAGUAAAGAAAGAUUGGACUAUUAUAGUAAAGAAAGAAACCCAUUAGGUCCAAACGUGAAUGUAGAGGAUCAAAAUGACGAGGUAAGCGAUCAAGAUUGUGAGGUGAUCUGUUCACCAUGUACUCAAUGUAGCCAGAAAAAGAGCGAUGAAGUUGUAAGGAAAAGCAGAAGCACCAAGAAAUGUUCCAUCAGUUUUGUCAGCAGAAAUGUUGAAAACAUGAAUUUCCAAACGGAGAUUGACUACGAGACAAACAAAGAAAAUGUAUCCACAGAGCAAGAAACCUCUAAAAAUGAUCAAAACACAUUUCUUGAGCCCAUCAGAAAAGAAGAAUCCAUUUUUCACAUAACUAAUACAGAUAAACGAUCCAUACCAAACAAUGCCAAAAGGGAACUUCAGAGCACUGACAGAGAAGAGCAAAACACAUUUCUUAAAGCCAGCAAUGAAGAGUUACAUUCAGUUCAUAUCAAACACAUGAAUAGCCAAGAUAUACACCCUCCUAAAGAGAAUGGGGAAGAUCUAGACGCACCCAAUGAGGCCAGCACACUCAAUCAAAUCCCACUUGAUGCGGCAAACUCUAAAGACUGGAGAGCUUACGAGUCGACGAGAAAUGUGCAGACGAAUGUAGCUUCAUUGAAAUCAAACUUCCAUAGCAUGAGGGUCAGACAAGGGAAAAGAUUCAAUGCCGCGGUGACCAAAUGUUCCAUCACCAGAAGUUCCGCUUGCUGUCUCCCGACACUCCAGUCCUUGUAUGAAUGUGACAGCAGGUAUUCAGCUUCUUCUGUAAGCCUGUUUGGUACCAAGUGCAGCCACGGUGAUACUGAAAAAAGUAGACUAGAGAAACUCAGCCGGCCACAUGGUGCGUCACCAGUGUUACGAUUGCCGGCGACACUGCCAAAACAUAUCGAUGAUGACACGCCAGCGAUCUGUGACCCGGAGAUCCAAGCCUUUCACGAUCAGCUCAGCUCUAGCCUCCAGACAUUCCAGCCAAAGAUAUGGAGACCUUUGACCCCGGAUUUCCAUAGGGCUAUCACCCCAUGUCACCGACCUUCAAGUGGCAGAUGCACUGGCAACGGCGCGAGACCGAUGACAGCAAUGAGCGACCCCGUGAGAACCAAGACGAUCAGCCGUUUGGGUCUCGGGAGAUAUCUUCCACAGCGACCCGACACCCCAAGGGUUAGCCAGGGCGACUUCGACACUCUCACUCCCCGCAUUAUAUCUGAGCUGAUCCCAGACAUCCGACCGAGAACGCCAACAGCCACCUACGGAAGCAUUGGGAAAGAGAAGCAACUCAGCUCAGAACAUUGCGAGUACAGGCAAACCUGUGACGAGUUAUCGGACGACGAAUUUGUUGCCUCCAGCGGCGAAGACGACGACAAAGACGGCUUCAGCGACAACGACAGCAUAUCUGAGCUCGAGAGGGGAAGCGAGCCCCUGGUGGAUAGGAAUCGAACUAUUCCGGAAAUUCGACUGCGACCAGAGAAUCCAGACUCCGCCUACAUCCCGCCAAGGAAGUCGGACAUGAGGCGGUUUGACUUUGACGCAGAGAACAGCGUGUCUCCAGAGUACCAGUUUCAGUGCCCGCUGCCGCUCGAGCUCACUAAAAUAAACAUGCGACACUGCGCGGUUAACAAAGUUAACUGGCGUUGUUCCAGCUACGCGGCCAAUAUCAGGGAUCCCCUGACUCAUAAGAUGAUGGACAGACUCAUAGAAAUUGAGCGACAUCAGGUGAAAACGGAAAAGUGGGAGGCCAAGAGAUUCAAGAAGCAGAAGAGGAAGAAUCCCCUGAUAAAACCGCAUUUCCCCAAGCCAAAAGAUAAGCGUUGCUGCCAGGCCUGUCUCCAACCAGCCUGCGCGGGUGACUGCCCUUUGAAGCGCGCUAGACCGGAUGUCUGCACCCUAUGCCGCCAGCAGUUCUGCACUGGAACUUGCUCUGAGACUAAGUACGACCAGCGCAUGCGCCUCCCAAGGGAAGACACUGAAAUCAUGCCACAGUCGUCCAUCAACAAAGCUUGUAAAACGUGCCAAGGCCAAAACAACGCCAAGGUCAUCAACUUGACCUAUGUGGAGGUAGGUCGACCGAAUUCAGCGUUCAUCACAUUUAGCCGAGGUCAGGGAUCUGCCGUCAUCAAAAGACCAUCAUCAGCGGAAUGUUUCCCUCGAGCUGCCAGCAAAUCGAAACAGGAGCCCAAACAAAUCUUAUCACGUCACAAGAAGCAAAGAGGAAGAAACGGACUAAGUCCUGGGAGAAGCUUCAACUCAAAUUUAACUCUUUCACUAACAGAACUCUCUUUACUACAUCAGUGACCUUAGUAGGAUUGUAUUUGUAGAUAUGUGUAGACACUGAUGAAUCAUCAUUUUGAAAUGUGUAGACUUUGAUGAAUCAUCAUUUUGAAAUGUGUAGACAUUGAUGAAUCAUCAUUUUGAAAUGUGUAGUCAUUGAUGAAUCAUCAUUUUGAAAUGUAUAGUCAUUGAUGAAUCAUCAUUUUGAAAUGUGUAGACAUUGAUGAAUCAUAAUUUUGAAAACAAGAAACACAUGUUCAAGUAAAAAAAAAAAAAAAAAAAACCACCAGGAUUCAAUUUGUUAACUUGAUUCAUCCGCUGCGUUAUUUACAACAUUGGGCCAUUAAAAAAAAAUAUUCAUCCUGUGUAAUUUCCAACAUUGGGUGAUUUGUCUUAAAAGAAUUAUCCUGCGUUAUUUCCAACAUUGGGCAAUUUGUUUUAAAUAUAUUCAACCUAAGUUAUUUCUAGCAUUGGGCAAUUUGUUUUAAAAUAUUCAUCCUGCGUUAUUUCUAGAAUUGGGCAAUUUAUUUUAAAAGAUUCAUCCUGCGUUAUUUCUAGAACUGGGCAAUUUAUUUUAAAAGAUUCAUCCUGCGUUAUUUCUAGAAUUGGGCAAUUUGUUUAAAAAAAAAAUUACAAUCCACUAAUAGUGUUGUUUUCAAGUGACUUGUUGAAUGCUUUCUGUAUAGAUGUUAUAUCUAUUUAAAUUUCUAAGAAUAUUUAAACUCGUAUAUGUUAUGUGGUAACAACAACAACAGAACUCUAAUCCUACUUAACUGUUUUUUUUUAAUAGGAAAAUCGCUACUGUUGUUACUUUUAAAAAAGCUACUAAGCAUACACUAAUAUUCAUACAACCAGAAGUUAAUCUUGGCCGAAUAUAUUUUAACUAGUCAAUUAUCCAAAGAAAAAAAUGGGAGGG